GUAAUGGCGAGGAAGAAAAGCAAGCAACAAGGGGUCAGCCAGAAGGAGCUUGUGGCUGGACAGCAAAUCGCACCGAAGAGCUCAGUCUCUCCCGGCGAUGCAGCUGGCGGCGACGGCGACGGAGGAGAUGCUGGGCUGGAUAGGCUGGCCAACACCAGGGCGAACCAGCCCAUGCACACCUGCUGCCUGCUGUGCCAUCGAGAAUUCAAGGACUGGGGAGCAGGUUCUGUCAACGGACUUCCCGCCAGCCACGGGACGAAGCUGGCCGACGCGGUGCCUGCACUCUCCCAGGCCUUAUUGCGGGAGGCGCCGGGACGAAAGCUGGCCGACGCGGUACCCUCGCUGUCUCAGUCGCUGCUCGGAGAGGUGCCUCUGUGGAUCUGUCAGAGCUGCUGCAAGAGCGUGGAAGAGGAGGAGAGACGGAGCACGCAGGAGCAGCCGUCAUCGGUGCCAUUGUCACACUCUUCCUCCUGUAAGUCCCAAAGCUGUGGGAACGGUUACCCGGAGCAAAGUACUGUAGACUGGGACCCGAGUUCCUUCCUGUCGGCCCACAAACUGUCAGGCCUCUGGAACUCGGCCCACUCCAAUGGAGGCGAGCACUGCAACCACAACACUUCUUCGCACUCACAAGGCCUGUCAUCACAAGGGUUAACAGCCUGUCACGAGAAACGGGGACUUCACGAAGCACCUGGAAAAUCGUCAAAAACUUCAAGUCCCAAAGUCUGUCCCUACAGUCACCCGUCAUCCCAGAAUUCCAGUGGAUCUUCUGCUGGGAUCUCCCAGUCUACCUCAGCAGACCUCUGUAAGACCACUCCCAAGCACUUGAAGACCAUGUGCCGUCGACCAACACCUCCAGGGGAAGCCUUUCAUCCCAGUGACCACCAUCAACAUGCAGACUUGUCAGUACCGCCCAACAGUCCCACCGGUCUUUCCUCCCAGCAUUCCUCCCUCCUGCCCCCAAAGCCACACUCUGGACAGCAUAGCCAUGUCACCUCGUCCUGUGGCACUGGCGUGGCGGCCCACGCUUCUUUCUCCCCGCUGGUACCAAACCUUCACAGUCCCACAGCCAAACUCAGCUCUCCGAGUCCAGACAGCCCAACGUCUGUUCAUAAGCCCAGUUCAUGCAAAAACUCCCACAUUCCUGCUGUGAACACACAACACAGCAAGUUGGGAACGUCUCUAAUGGGCUGUAACCACUCUUGUAACGGACACAAUCCAGGAACUGUGGCCCCUUCUAACGUUGGCCAUCUAACAGCUGGAGCCUGCAGGGAUCAGGCAUGUAAGGGGCACAAAGUGACAAAUGGGACAUUGUGCCACCCUUCGUCUGAGCUGGAAGAAGGUGAGGAUGAAGAUAGCAGCUCUGAGAGGAGCUCCUGCGCCUCCUCUUCAACCAAUCAAAAGGACGGGAAGUACUGUGACUGCUGCUACUGCGAGUUCUUUGGACACAAUGCGCCUCCAGCUGCACCAACCAGCAGAAACUACGCCGAGAUCCGUGAGAAGCUUCGCUCGCGUUUAACUCGCCGUAAAGAGGAGCUGCCUCAGCGUCAGGAUGCUGAACUGACAGCUGCCGGGGCCAUCGAUAACAGGGACGUGAACGAGCUGCUGGACUUCAUUAACAGUUCGGAGCCGAAACCUGUCAACAGUGCCAAGGCUGCCAAAAGGGCCCGACACAAACAAAAGAAGAAGGAAAAAGCCCAGCAGGUUAACAUUGGUGUUGCCUGCAGUGAACCCCAGUCUAAUCCACCUGAGGAGCCUGUGGACGAGCCUAUUCCUGAUGGUCCUGAAACCAGUCGGCUGCUUGACUGGCCUCAGCUGGAACUAGAACGGGUCAACAGUUUUCUCACAAGCCGAUUAGAAGAGAUCAAGAACACCAUCAAAGACUCAAUACGGGCCUCGUUCAGCAUGUACGACCUCAAUCUGGACGUCAAUGACUUUCCCAAGAAGGCGGCCACAUUGGAGGGAAACCACUUAUUGUCGCAUCUCAAUGGUUCCUCUGACUUGCAGCAGAUAGACCUGGACCUUUCUCCUCUGUCACUGGGAAGCUUUAAGAGCCACCUGGACCUGGUUAACGGAUGGGAGGACACAAAUGUCCCCUCUUCUCCCACUGCUGCUGCCAACAUUUCAUCAGGGGUCAGUGCUUCUUCAAAGGAAACCCAGCGGUUGCACACUACAAGCAGUCUCUCAAAGCUUGCUAGAGUUCGCUCCCCAGAAAGAUGCACUUCAACUGGAUGUGACAGUUUGCCACCGGUGCCAGUCCACGCAACGGAAAAAUCGAAGGAGGAUGCGCCGGAUCCAAAGAACACAACUACUGGGAACAGUGGUGCAAAGUCAAAGAAAAAUAAAAAGCAGCAGCUAAAACAGGAGCAGUCUGUAUUGGAGCAAACUUUUAACAAACCAACCAAAGCUGCCUCUGGGAAUGAAGCUCAGAAAACCAAUGAGUCUAAAGAAAUGGCACCUCACGGCCCAAAGUCUGGGAGCAAACAACCUCAGCAGCCAGUAGACAACCAGAGGAACGGGCCGAAGAAAACUGAGGAGGGCAGAUCGUCCAAAAAUGUAUCAAAUGGAGCAAAUGGCCUCCUGGGUGCACCGAGGGGGAAAACUGACACAGAGAGCCGAGGAGGUCGGUCUGAGCAGGAAUGUGAGAGCAAAGCUCACACCUCUAUUCCUCCAAAUGGUCCUCAACAGCAGCAACCCAAGGGGAAAAAUAAGAAGAACAAGAACAGGGGAGAAAAGUCCAACAGUGCUAUUGACGACGUGUUUCUCCCUAAGGAUGUGGAUCCCACAGAAAUGGAUGAGAUUGAUCGGGAAGUCGAAUACUUUAAAAGGUUCUGUCUUGAUUCUGCAAAACAAACUCGGCAAAAAGUAGCAGUGAACUGGUCCAACUUCAGCCUCAAAAAGGUCCCUUCCAAUGCAGCGCAAUAACCUGGAUGCGAGUCGGAGGGGAAGACAAAAUUCUUCACAUCACAAACUCUUUCAGCAGAGCACUGUUUGGCCUGAGGCCUUCUCUCAUUCCCAGUUUUCUUAUCCUGACAAAGCCAAGGGACCCUGGUUUCAAAAUCUCGCUCUUCACUAAAAAGACUGAAAUCUGACUCAUGGCUAAGAAGCCAGUUAGUGUUGUCAAGGCCAACUCUACCCUUUUGCUAUCAUUGCAACAUGAACUGAAUCACUGAGACAGAAAUGGAGGAAAGUCUGUUGAUUCAACUGCAUCCAUGUGCUUACAUAUGUAGUAUGUAAACAAUUACAUGAAAUAAAUGGUUUUAUCACAAAUCUGA